UUGUAAAUUAAUGAAUAAUAUAUUUACGCAAUAUGUCACCUUGUAUUUCCAAGCUUUCUUACCCAUUGUAAAAAUGAUGACAGAGGACUGGAUAUCAUUAAAAUUAAGUAUAGAAAGGGAUGUGAUGAUGAAGAGAGCGCGAACUGCUCGAUUGAUUGUAAUUUGUGGAUACGUUUUGAUGACAAUGAUUUUUACUAUGAUCAUUAUUUUUCCUUGUUUCGGCAUAUCAUUCAGACACAUAACAAAUCUGACAGAUCGAGAUAAAUUGUUACCGCUACAGGCGUAUUAUUUUUACGACACUGAUAAAAGCCCGCAAUUUGAACUUACAUUUAUCGUUCAAGCCUUAACGAUUUUCUUAGGAGCUGUAGCUUAUACGUCAGUAGAUGCUUUCUUUGGACUUGCCGUCCUUCAUAUUUGCGGUCAAUUAGAAAACUUCAGAUGUCGUUUGGUCAACUUGGUUUCAUAUAAAGAUUUUAACAGUGUUUUACGCAACAACGUGAUCAUUCAUCUACGACUCAUCAGGUUUUCGCAGCUCUUAAUUAUAAUAAUAAAAUGACUUUGCACAAAAUAA